UCGGCCCGACGCGCCUGCUUCGUCUCUCCCCCGGUCUCCGCUCCUCUCGCACCCUUUCUAGUCACGGCGGCGGCGGAAGAGGCGGCGCGGCGGCAGGUCGGUGGCGGGCGAGCGAUGGCGCCGCCGGGGUCGCGGCGGUGGGCGUACGUGCGCGUGAUGUCCGGCACCAUCCUCGGCGGCACGCUCGGGUUCUACGUCAUGCACCGCAUCGAGACCUCCUACAAGGCGCGGAUGGAGGAGAGGCUGCGGCGGUACGAGGCGCACAUGCUCGCCAAGGCCAGGGAGGCGCAGCAGCUGCAGGACGAGGCGCAGCGGGAGGACAAGGCCCGGCUCCUGCCCGACUCGUGACGGGCAUCCUUCUGCUCCUGCGCGUGCUCGCUUCGCUGAAUUGUUAGAAUAACUUAGUGCACUGUGGCACAGGAGUCAACUCUCUUUCUUCAGAGGUAGAGACAUAAGAUCGACAUGUACUUUUGGCUUGUUGUGAUCUUUUCUAUUUAGAAAAAAACCAGACCACACUGUUGGAGUGUGAGAUAUGGGUGCGGAAGUUAAUGCUUUGAUGUCUAUCUGUACCUACUGCUAUAUAAAAAUUGUGAUCUUAUCAACAAUAUCUGUGCAAUGAAGGAUCGAACAAUUGAUUGUUUGUGGUACC